CACAACCCUCUUCAAUUCCCUAUUUAAAUCCCAUCACGUCUACCAUGCUGGUUCCUUGAUAGUAAUAUUCGUUUUGCGAAUAUGGAAGCAACAGCAUCUACAGCACAGCAUGCCUUUGGAGCAGGGCCUCGUGGGCCCAACCCAGCCCAUGGACCUCAGCAAGCCCAGGGCCCCCGACACCUAGGUCACCCUGGACCUUACGGAGUUCCACGUCUUGAGGACCAGCCCCCACACCAGCAAGUGAAUCAGCCCCAUCACCACAUCCAGCACAGCAGACCGUUCUUCUACAUCCACCCCUCCCAGCCAUACCCCUCCCAGCCAUACCCCUCCCAGCCAUACCCCUCUGCUCUACCCUAUCAGUGGCCCAUGCCCAUGCCCUACAACCCUUACUGCGGCUUCCCUGGGAUGGGAGGUUAUGGUAUGAUGAUACCGAGUCCCUUCCAGCCCAGUCCCUACAUGGAGCCUCCGGGUUACAUCCUUCCCCACUCUCAGCUCCACCUGGCGGACUACAGGCGUAUGAUCAACCCGCACUACCACACCACCCACUACCCUCAGACCAUGGCCUACCACGCACGCAGGUUCCGUUACCAGCACAGCGCCCCAGCCAACAGAGAGAUGAUCAGCUCUGAGGUACAGACUGAACCCCCAUCAGGAGCAGCACGCUCUGACCCUAAACUCUCUAACGCCGACUCACCUAUGAGAAGUAAUGUCCAAACCAACUCUGAAUCUGGCAACGCCACCAGUUGCACAGCUGCCCAGUCACUAUCCCCAGCCUCUGCUGUGCAAGAGGUGAUGUCUAAACCACCAGCCUACCAGGACAUGAUAUCGGCACCCACCCCCAACAGCACUUCCAUCUCCACCAGGUCUGCUGCACCCCAGAAAGGCAGCUUUGUGUUCCAGACAGAGGAGGUGAGGAUGGAGUGCCGCAGCACCCCCACGGGGUUAAAUAUCCUCCACUCCCAUGAGACUUCUGAGCUGUGCACCACCCACCGUGUGUCUGGGACAGAUGAAGACUUGGUGCAGCUCUGUUCUUCCUCCUCCCUCCACCACCACAAGGCCUCACAGGAGGGGAUGGGUCUGGUUGGAGAGAAGGAGGAGCAGUGUCUCCAGCAAUCCUGCCCAGAUAUACUCUUAAUGGAUGGGUCGUCCUCUAGUGGCGGACCAGAGAACUUCCUUGAUCUUGAGGACUGCGACUCUGUCGUCGCGAAAACACUGACCGAACGACCAGGGAAUGCUGAAUCCGAUAUGGACUACAGAUUGGUGGUCCAAAGCCACAAAGCCGAUGGUCCUCAAUUGGCAAGGAACGACGGAGAACUGAGUGGGAACAGCUCCAAGAGUGUCCAUUUUAAGAUCCUCCACAUGCCCUUUGACAUGCAGUAUUUAGAAGAGCUGAGGAAGAUUGAGGCGUCUGUGUGGUCUGUGGAGUCUCUGGCGCCGUAUGUCCCCUCAGCAGAGUUUAUGAUCCAGCAGGGCCUGAUGGAGCCACACAAGGAGGCACUGAGCCCCGUGGUGGAAAAGGUCCCUGUCGCGGAGGAAGUCCCCAUGGUGGAGGAAGUCCCCACAGCAGAGGAGGUCCCUGUCGUGGAGAAGGUCCCCACGGCAGAGGAGGUCUCCAUAGUGGAGGAAGUCCCCACGGCAGAGAGCACUAUGAAUGAAAAUGUUAUAAUGGCAGAGAUGGUCCCUAAUGUGGUGGAGGUACCUGCAAUAUCCAGUCGUAACAAAACGGACAACGCUCCCACAUCUCCAGAGACCAGUCAAAAGAGGGGUGCGGUGAGUGACCUUGAUCAUCAGGAUACCUCAUUUGGGGCGUUACCUACAUACCGUCCCUCAACUAGCUGGCUGGCCGACUUUGGCAACGUCUACUAUUACAGCAAGCUGCCUCCUAAUGUUGAGGAGCAGCGCAAGAUCCUCAGAUGCAGCCCACUUAAGCUGUCAAGCCCCAAAGGGAAACCUAACCAUGACCAAGAGCCUAAAGAUCCUCAUCGUGUUGCAGUCACUACAACUGCUCCACUCAGGCUAAAGGGAUGCAGACUGAGAGAAAAGGUGGACAGGAGGAGCUACUCUGACCAAGAGUGCUGUGCUAACCGGACCUUCAAUGGGAACACGGGGACCUCUGGUGGCCUCAAAAGGGAGCGCAUCUGUGCCAGAUGUUUGACAACAAAAUGCAGUGUGAACAAGAUACCUGGCAGUCCUGGGCCAGGCCUGGAUGCUCUGAUUGUAAAACGACAAGGGGUCCCCGUUCCACCAUGGGAGGAAUCUAUCCUAGCCCAGACUUGUGCAGCCUGCAAAUGCCUCCCACGGAGGCGGGUGACGAGGAAAGGUUCCGGGUCAGAUGUUCCCGGCGGACCACAUAAUGAAGAGACUGAGGGUGAGACCUCUGAGAACAGUUCUUGUCGGGCAGGACCGGGGCCCAAACUGCGGGACCCAAGGAGGCCUGAGUCCUCCAUGAAGCGCUACUCUGAGAAGUGUCCCAUGGGUCCGCACUCAAAACUGAGGGAGAAGAACUGUUCCUGUGAAGAGCCCCAUCAUGGGCCCCCCGCUGCUGUGCGGGAGGGGCCACGACGCCAUCACCAUGGCAAUGUCAUCAGGGAGCGAAAUGAGGAGAACCUUGGUGUGUGCGUCUCCGUCCCACUUCAGGACAAAUGGAGAAACCAGAACCAAUGCUACCUCGCCGCACAGAAAUGGCAACAAGAGAAGUUGUGGAGAGCGGCUUUGUCCAACCCUGACAACACUGAAAGUAAUAUUAGUAAGAAUGGACCCAGACACUUGAUUAAACAGAAGAAACACAUUUCACAAUCACAAGGUAGUCAUCUACUAUAAAACCCUACUGACUUCACAGAAAUGACACAAGAUGCUAAUUUUUCACGAGCACAUUGUAACAAGUGAAGCAUAUGCACUUCUAUUGUUAUCCUCUACACAUUUAUGAAUUAACUCUUAAAGCUCACAAUAUACACUCACUAUUUAUGAAAUGUACAAUAAAUAAACACUUGACUACAGUG